AUGGCAACAGUAGUAGAAGCUAACGGCCAUCUGGCUGCCGGCAAUGGCGUGCCCGACGUUUCGCACAAUGGCACGCAGCCACAGGCCGAUGGCUUGCUGUCGGGCUACUUGUCAAACUGGAGUGGCCUGCAAAUCUCCAUCACGAUACUUCUCGUGCUGAUGACAUACGAUCAAGUCGCCUACAUCAUCCGCAAGGGAUCCAUCGCGGGGCCUACGUUCAAGAUCCCGUUCAUGGGCCCCUUCCUGCAGGCCCUCUACCCAAAAUUCGACGCCUACCUCGCCCAGUUCGCCAGCGGGCCGCUCAGCUGCAUCUCCGUCUUCCACAAAUUCGUCGUCCUGGCAUCGGACCGGGACAUUGCACACAAGGUCUUCAAGUCGCCCGCCUUCGCCCGGCCCUGCCUCGUCCCCAUCGCCAUCGACAUCAUGCGCCCGACCUCGUGGGUGUUUCUCACCGGCAAGGCCCACGCCGAGUUCCGCCGCGGGCUGACGGGCCUUUUCACGAACCGCGCCCUUAGCACCUAUCUUCCCGUGCAGGAGAGCGUCUACGCCGAUUACUUUGACAAGUUUGUCGAGGCGAGCAGGGCCAAUGGCGGGAAGCCCAUCAAGUUCAUGGGGCUCUUCCGGGAGAUCAACUGCGCGCUCUCGUGCCGGACGUUCUUUGGCGACUACAUCUCGCAGGAGGCGGUCAAGAAGAUUGCCGACGACUUUUAUCUCGUUACCGCGGCGUUGGAGCUCGUCAACGUUCCCUUCUCCAUGUAUAUCCCCUUUACGAAGUGCUGGCGGGGGAAGCGCAUCGCGGACGCUGUGCUGGACGAGUUUACGAGGUGUGCCGCCGCGUGCAAGGCCAACAUGGCGUCUGGGGCGGAGCCCAUGUGCAUCGUCGACCAGUGGGUGGUGCACAUGAUGGAGUCCAAGGCGUACAACGAAAAGAUUGCCGCCGGGGAGACGGAGGCGGAGAAGCCAAUCAACCUAAUCCGCGAGUUCAGCGACGAGGAGAUUGGCCAGACGAUAUUCACGUUUCUCUUCGCGUCGCAGGAUGCGUCCAGCAGCGCCACGACGUGGCUCUUCCAGAUCCUCGCACAGCGGCCCGACGUGCUCGACCGGCUGCGGGAGGAGAACCUCGCGGCGCGCGGCGGCGACAAGACGCGCCCCUUUGAGCUCGGCAUGCUGGAGUCGUCGCUGCCCUACACCAACGCCGUGGUCAAGGAGCUGCUGCGCUACCGCCCGCCCGUCAUCUUCGUGCCGUACCUCGCGACCAAGGCCUUCCCCGUCACGCCCGACUACACGGUGCCCAAGGGCGCCAUGGUCGUGCCGUCGUGCUACCCGGCGCUGCACGACCCGGAGGCGUACCCGAACCCGGACGUGUUUGACCCGGAGCGCUGGAUCACGGGCGACGCAGAGUCCAAGACGCGCAACUGGCUCGUCUUUGGCGCCGGGCCGCACGACUGUCUGGCGCGCAGGUAUGUGCCGCUGACGAUGGCGGCCAUGAUUGGCAAGGCGGCUCUGGAGCUGGACUGGGUGCACCACGCGACGGACCGGUCCGACGAGAUUAAAGUGUUUGCCACCUUGUUUCCUAUGGACGAAUGCCCCCUUGUCUUUACAAAGCGAGCAUAG